GCACCGAUUGGUUUGAUGGCCAUUCAACACGAACCACAUCAGUUCUACUCUGUUUCUUCCUCUGUUUACCAAAACUGGGGUUCAACCGCUUCGGCUGUUACAAUCUAUAUAAACCCUGUGCAACCUCCCGUCCUCCCCCAUCCUAAGCCAUUGACCUCGCCCUUCAGACUAAUGGCACCUUUUCUCAUCCCCUUGCUUUUGCUCGUCCUCCAGAAUCUCAUCUUCAUCAAUUCCCAACCAUCUCCUGGGUACUCCCCCAGUUCCUCACUGAGCCCAAUUAAGUUCGGAGAAGGUUACACUAACCUCUGGGGACCCGAGCACCAAACCAUUUCUCCAGAUCAGUACUCAACCACCAUUUGGCUCGACAGCAACUCAGGAAGUGGAUUCAAGUCGAUCAAUUCUUACAGAAAUGGCUACUUCGGGGCCUCCGUCAAACUCCAAAGUGGCUACACUGCCGGCACUAACACAGCAUUCUAUCUUUCCAAUGAUCAAGCGUACCCUGGAUUCCAUGACGAAGUGGACAUCGAAUUCCUGGGGAACAUAGAAGGGCAGCCGUACGUGCUGCAGACGAAUGUGUACGUGAGAGGCAGUGGCGACGGCGGCGACGGUCAGAUCGUUGGCCGGGAGAUGAGGUUCCACCUUUGGUUCGACCCGACGGCCGACUUCCACCACUAUGCGAUUCUUUGGAAUCCAGAUGAGGUCAUAUUUUUUGUCGACGACGUGCCGAUACGAAGAUAUGCUCGAAAGAUGGAGGCGAUAUUCCCCGAACGGCAAAUGUGGGUGUAUGGCUCCAUAUGGGACGCAUCAAAUUGGGCCACUGAUAAUGGAAGAUACAGAACAGACUACAGGUAUCAACCUUUUGUGGGGAGAUACACAAAUUUUAAGAUAGGAGGGUGCACAGAUUCUGCAUCGUCGAGCUGCCAGUUGGUGUCCUCGUCGCCGUCUGGAAACGGGCUUAGCUCGGAGCAAUACGCAGCUAUGGAGUGGGUUCAGAAGAACUAUAUGGUCUACUACUAUUGUCAAGAUUACACGAGAGACCAUUCUCUCACACCUGAGUGUUGAAAUUAAGAGCAUAGUUAAAUUAUGAGUAGCUAGCGUUGUUUUAGUGUUACUUAAUUAUAAUUAUGAUGGACCGCCCUUCUACCGUAAUGUGUUUGUAGUGGAGGCGACUCUAAUGUAAGAGUGUGCUCAUAAUUAAUCAAUAUUGUAUACAUUUAUUGA